AUGGCUAAACUGGCCUUCUGGAAGAAGCGGGUGGACAGCCAAACGCCUUUAGACAGAAUCAUGGGGUCACGGCUCAAAGCGACAGCAAAGAGAGGCUCAAAAUAUGUGCCUAUAGAUGGUCGCUUCUUAGACUUGCUGCCUCGAGUGGAUGCAGCAAACCUGCCGCUGCUGGUGCUGCAGCCAUUAGAGGGGGGCCGCGGCAUCGAUGCUGUGAAAGCGCUGCUGCAAGGGUCUCCUGAAGUGUCUCCUUCCUGGCUUCAGGACGCCUCAGGCGCACCUGUCGCCUUGCUGCAGCCUAGCAACGAGGCACUGAGUCUCUUAUUUCCGAAUGAUGUUUACAGGAGCGCUGAGUUUAGGAACGUAGAAGAGGGACGCCUAAAGCAUUUCCCUGCAAAUAUCUUUUCUUUUCCCUUAAAGGCCAGCGCCUACUACUGUGGGGCUAAAAUCCCCCUCCGUAUCUCUUCUGUGGGAAGGAGACAGUUGCAGGAAGCAUUUGCUGAGGAUACAGCAGGGCAAGCAGAAAUCAAUAUGCUUGUCUCUCGCGGUCCUCGCAACAUCUACACUGAGCAGGACCCAACAGUUGCGCUUAUUCAAUGGUUUAGGGGUCCGCAAAACGAAGCAAUCAUGAAGGAGACACCAAUACACGUGCAGACGGAAGAAGCUGUGAGUCUCCUUCCCAUCCCUGUUGCUGCAGCUGCAACUGCUGCGCUGCUGCUGGGUUGGUGCACAUGCUACGGAGUCCUGUGUGUUGUUGUGUUGUGGUUGAAGCCGCUGCUACCCGCCAAUGCUCGCAGUCGCUAUGGGCGUGGAUUUUUCCGCUACUUCUUCUUGGAUAACACCCGCAUGUUGUCUCGCAUUGGAGGUCUAUUUGCGCGGCUGCGGGUGACUCCUUGUUUUGUGUGGCGGUUUGCUGCAAUGACAAACAUAGGUCCAGUGGGGUUGGGAGCGUGGGUGCGUGCUGCUGCAGACCUGGAGGAGGCCUUCAGUGUCGCGCAGACUUGGCCUCCAGGCCGGCGGCAUUUUCCGAACAUCGGGAGAUUCUUUUCUCGGCCAAUUAAUACAGAUGUUUUAAGGCCUGUAGACGCCAAUGCCGCUGUUGUAUCUCCUGCGGACUCCGUCUUGCAAAACGCCUUCUUUGUAAAGCCUGAUGCGCACGGGAAGGUGGUUGGCGCCCGCGUACCCCAGGUGAAAGGGACGACUUUUGAUCUGUCAGAGUUCCUCUUCGGUAGAGGGACAAACGCAGAUUUACAGCUGCAAAGCCCCAACAACCGGCUGUACGUACUGGUGUACUACUUAGCGCCGGCAGACUACCACCGCUUCCACUCCGCCGCCGACUGGGCGGCUACAAGGCACAUCUACAUUCCAGGGUGCACCCCCUCCGUGCAGCGCCGCAUGCUUCUAAGCCGCAACGUCCUCGACUCCUUCGAACGGACCUCUGUACAGGGCUUUUGGCAGCCAGGCAACAUGGGGGGAUCCCGUUUGUUCUUUUCGAUGACUUUUGUUGCUGCGAGUAUGGUUGGAGGCAUCCAGUUGCACUACCGCAGACACCUCGACAAGAACAAGUUCCUCCUUGCCCCUGCAUGCGCACGCCUCCGCAAGACCUUCGUCUACGACUACGAUCGCCCUGUUGACUUCUGCAUGGGGCAGGAGAUGGGAUCCUUCCAGUUCGGUAGCACAGUAGUUGUGGCAUUUGAGGGCCCGGAGGGCUUGGAUAUGCGCAGCCCCAUCUGCUCGCAUGUAGAUGUCAAUAGCACCGCAGCGAAGUUGCCUGAGGGCAAUCGGCAGCGUCUUCCGCGGUGUAACUUUACUGUGGGGAAUCACGACAACCCUUUGGCCUAUUUGGAGUACCUGCAGAAGUUGGUGGGGGAGGGUCCCCCGCCAGUUACGGGGGGCACUACUCAAAUGGACGUGCGGCCCCAUUUCGAGGACUUCGAGCGAGACCUGAAGGCAGGAGAGGAGGAGACAAGUGCCCCCGGUCCCAACGGAGACGGCAGCCUUGAAGACUCAGGCAUGCAGGAAGUCUCGGAUGGCACAACCGUAUCCACAGGCCAAGAGGAGGAGGAGACUGAGGCUAAUUCACCGUGGGGCCUUGAGAAUGCAUUGCCUGGAGAGUCCACGGCUGCAGCGGAGACACAAGGAGACAAGUCGCAGCGAGUUGACCUGCAAGCUACAAUCAGGGAGGACGCAGCAGAGACAGUGGAGUCGGUCUGCGUGAGCGACCGGCCCCUACUGCAGCAGGUCAGGAGGAGACAGGUGCAGGGAGAAGAGAUACCUUUUUCAUCUCUUCGAGACCCCAUCGAGAAAAUAAAAGUGCUGGAACACGGCUUCGUCCACAGAUUCGCCCUCUCCAAAUGGCUCGCCAACGCCUGGAUGGCAAGUUACUGUCCCGCUUUACCGCUGCCUCCAUUCAACGCCUCUCUCCAUCCCUUGGGUAGUGCAUACGCAAAGGCUCGGCGGUUAAGUGGGGCUGCGGCUGUUCACCUGCCGCAAAAGAACGCGGGGCUGAUGCUAUUCGUAGAGGAAGGGCCGCCUGGUAAACGAAUGCUCCUCCUUCAAGUGGGACAGCUGCUUCCGGGAGAGAGCGACAGAAGCGAUGAAACCAACCCUAUGUGCUUCUAUGACGCGGCGCUGCAGUCGGUGCAGCUGCGCUUUACAGGGAAGGUGUCGAAUCUGCUGCUGAUGUGGCCUUCGAUAAGAGGAGAUCCCGUACUGCUGCGGUACCCAAACUUUGCCUGUGCGAGCAGCAGUGGCUGGGGCAAAGUGACGCGCGGAGUACAUUCUCAAUGGCAUCUACAGCAUGGAAUUCUUAAGGCGACGUUUCAACUGGAUGUGGGACGGCUGGCAGUCGAAGGGAAGGGAGAAAUUCAGAGAAAAACAUUUGUCUUGACAGGCAGGCUGGCGCGGCUUUCGGAUCCUGAAAGUGUGCUGCCUGCUGCUGGGGAGAUAGGAACGGAUCUGACGUCCCCUCUGUCGUUAGUUGCAGCAGCGGGAGACGCGGGAGUGCUGCGAUUUGAUGUUACGGAACAGCCAACGCUCACCAGCGUGGAUACUAAAGAAUUCGCUGUCACAACAGCUGUGCCUGAGAAGGUCGUAUCUCAUGGAGCUUGCAAUGAGUCUUCCUGUUUUACCUCCCCUAUACGCAGAGCAUGGGCCUCGCUGGCCAGGUGGUUCCGUGCGCUAGGGCGGCGGUUCCGCCGGAGGUCCCGUGGAGAGAGAGCAAGCGAAAAAUGA